GAGUCAGCUGCGCCCGUCCUCGGGGUCUGCAAGCUGGGCCGGAUGCAUGAGCGCCAUAGAGUCCACGGAGUUUGGGCGACGCCGCGCGUCCCCGGACGGGUCGCCCUCGGAACCUGUGCCGCAAGAGCAUGCGGUGAAGAUUCAGCUGUCCAUGGACCACAGCCCGCGGGGCUCGUGCUGCAGCAACGACUUGCCCAUGGACGCCAUGGACGGCUCGAUGCUUUCCAUGCCGUCCUUGCCCUACCACAACUCCGUCAGCCCGAAGUCUGAAGACGUGCCUGGCAUCUCCUCCUCCUUGGCUUGGGGCCAUGGUCUCAGCUGCAUGGAGUUCCGCGAGUCCUUUCCCAUGCGGGUGGUGAGCCCGACGCUGUUGCUGCGGUGCAUGGGCUCACUGCUGCGGAAUGGCCGCGCUAGGAGGAACGACCAUCAGCUCUCCAAGGAGGUGAAGGACGAUCGCCUCGACGUAUUCAUCAGCCAUAGCUGGGCCGUGGGCCGCUGGCGAAAGUUCAUCGCCCUGGCGCUCUACUUCAAUGGCAAGUCGGCGGUACUUAUAAGUGCAGUUGUGCAGCUGCUGGUUUUUGCAGCUCUUUGCGCAGGACUGCUUCCAGUCGUCCGCGAAACCUCCAUGAACGUCAUCAUUCCGGAGGGCGUUGCUUUGGGAGGCGACCUGAGCCUCUGGGUAUCCUCACUGGGCAUGACAGCUUUUGGCAUUGUCCUCUUCGGUCGCCACGAGCUGCUGCGAAUGGGUUUCCUCUUCGACAGGGCCUUCUUCGACACGGUUUGCAUCGACCAGUCCAAUGAGGAGAAACAGCGCGAGGGCAUUGAGGCGAUUACGGCCUACCUUUGCCACUCGGACGUGCUCCUCGUCGUCUUCUCGGAGCACUACUUGCAGCGAAUCUGGACUGUCUUUGAGCUUGUGGCCUAUCUAGCAGUGAAGGAGGAAAAACGGGUGGUGAUUCAGCCAGUGGCGUUGGCGCCUUUGGUGGUGGUGUGCAUGUUCCUGAUGACGCUUCGUCCGUGUGCGGACGUCGGCCGAUUCAACCUCGUUUUCUUCGGGAGGACCAGGGAGCCCCAUUUCUUGGCGUUUGCCGUCAUCGUGUUGUCUCUGGCAGUGUGUCAGGUGAUCAUCAUCGUCCUCAAUCUGCAGCGGUGGGGUCGGGCGAGAGCGCGGCUCACCGAGCAAGUGAACACCUUCAGCUUUAGCUCUGCGGAGUGCUUCAACGAGCCAGAUCGCCGAGAGAUCAUGCACGCGGUGAGGUAUUUGGCAGUCAAAGCAGAGCUCCUGCCCAAGCAUUGCACCGUGCAAGAGGCCUGCGAGGCAAUGGAGCAGCACGCCCGGGAGUCCGUCAUGCCUUUGAUGUCAAGCGCCCUAUCUCCCGCCGGCAUCCCGGGCAGCGCUGCCUGCGCCCUGUCGCUGCCAGUGAUGGCCAGCGUUCUGGAUGAUGUGGGCGUGAGCUUUCUGGCAGGCGUCGCUGACACUCCCAUGGGGCUUUGGGUGACGCUGAUGGUGCACCUUCUGAUGGUCUUUAACUUUGUAGUGGCCAUCGGACUGGUGUCUGUCACAUCCCACCGGCCUCAGCGUGGGAGAUGCUACGAGGCAGUCGCCAUGACUCUAAGCGUGUGCGUGGUUAUUCUCUUCUACUCAGUGCGGGCGCCUUUGAGACUCAUGCUGCUGGGGGAGAAUGCGCAGCGGCCUUCCUUCGUCCUCGGCGUUUCUCUGGUAGUUCUGCUCCAAGCCCUGGCCAUUUGGUGCUUGUACGGAAACGGAGUCCGUCGCCUCCGGAAGCUGCGCUGCAAAGCAGGCGCUUGAAGCGUGACUCUAGCCCCGCGAGAAGGGCGAGCCCGCGUCAAAAGAAGGAAUCCGU